GCUUCUCCGCAUCAGAAACAACUGAAGAGAUCUUCUGUACCUUCCACUGUAUCUAAGAUGGAACGAUCAAUCUCUUUAUUAACAUUCAAAGGUUCUAUUUCUGAAGCAAUUGUUGAAGCAAAAAGGCAGAGAAAACUUUUUGUAGUCUAUAUUUCAGGGGAAGACAAAGACUCAAUGCUUUUGGAGCAAUCAACAUGGAUGGAUUUAAAUGUGGCAGAAUCAAUGUCAAAGUAUGGCAUUUUCUUGCAUCUCCCACAAGGAAGUACUGAUGCAUCACAAUUUUCUGCUAUUUACCCACAGAAAUCAGUCCCUUGUAUAACUGCUAUCGGAUACAAUGGAGUACAGAUGUGGCAGAAUGAAGGUUAUAUAAGUGCUGAAGAUCUGGUUUCUUGUAUAGAGAAGGCAUGGCUGAAUCUCCAUAACCAGGAAACAACUGCCACCUUCCUAACUGCAGCACUGGCAGUUAAGAAAUCUGAAGUGAUGAGUUCUCAGGCUUCUAAUGUUGCCUUGUCUGCACAAGGAAGUUCUUCAAGCACUGACGUGCCAUCAUCUCCAAUAGAUGAACCUCUCCAAGAUGCAGAGAACAAACAAUUGGUUACCUCUGAGCUAGUGAACAGUGGUUGUGAGCCUGCACUUGAGUUAAAUACAGAGCCCGAUGCAGAGACCUCUUCACAACUAAUUCAUGCCCGUGAGUUGGUGAGUGGUAAGGAUGAAAUGUCGCCUUCACCGAAUGAAGUAUCUCAAAAAUUUGAGUAUCCUGAAACAGUUGUUCCGGACAACUGUGAAGUUGAGUGUAGGUCUUUCAGUCUUGGGGUUGAAUGUUCCGCACCUCAAUGGAACACCACUAUGAAUGAACAUAGCUCAGAAGUUUCACAAGGCAGUUCAGAGAAAAUUAGUAAUGACGUGAGUAACAGCUUACAUAACACGAAGGCAGAAGUUCCUCAAACAAGUUCAGAGAUGAUUGGUAAUGAUGCGGAUAACACCUUGACAAAUGUGAUGACUGAUAUGUUGGAUAACUGUGGGGCUAUUAGUAAAUCAAAUGAUGUUCAUUUAAACAUCCGAUUGCCUGAUGGUGCAAGCCUUCAGAAGAAAUUUUCUGUGGCUGACACAUUAAAUAUGGUCAAGGAUUAUGUGGACGAAAACCAGACGACGGGAAUAGGGUCAUAUGAUCUAGCCAUUCCUUAUCCACGGAAGGUGUUUGAUGUGCAUGAUUUCAGCAAAACAUUGUCAGAACUGGGACUCUUUAAUAGACAAGCAUUGAUGGUUGUUCCUCAUCAUCCAGCUGCUAAGACCCACGGGGGACAGACAUCAUCCUUUGAACACAGCAAUUCCUCCUCUCGUCAGAUUGAUCCUUCCAAUGCCACCAAUGGGGGAUAUUUUGGAUAUGUGAGGAGGAUACUAUCUUACGUGAAUCCCUUUUCCUAUCUUGGUGGUAAUGCCAGCUCACCGAGUUCUUCACAGGAAUCAAAUGACGGCAUGUGGCAGUACCGUCCAAAUCCUAACCUCCAGAAUAAUUUGAGGGAAAGGACCCAGCCUUUGUAUCCACCAAGUCGGGGGACCCCUUCCACCGGAGAAGGUUCCAGCAAGAGCAAGAAACCAAUGUCCGGUUUUGGAAGCAAUAUCCAUACACUUAAAGAUACUGAAGAUGACACCCCAUUUAAUGGCAAAAAUGCCUUCUGGAAUGGUAACUCUACACAGUAUGGCGGUGAUGGUGACACAAGAUGAGAAGCUUGGUAAUGGUUGGAAUCAAUGCCUAUGCCUCGGUCUCUCUAUAAUUUGUAAAUAGUAUAAAUAUGUGAUUUUUCUUAUGGAUUCAAAUAAUUGAUUGUAGAUUAGCAUUGCUUAA